GGGGGUUACGUUUAGUAAGGGUCAAUCGCAAAAAAAAAAAGUCAAAACAUAGAUCACAAGUACAAGUUAUUGGUGUUGGUAAAUUAAAUCCAACCAACUAAACCAAACCAACCAAACUACCGAAUAGUAGUAUUAACUAAUGCCACUGCUACUGGUGCAUUACUGAUAAUGGCUACACCGUUGCUGCUGCUGUUACUCGGUAUAUGCAUCGCAGCUGCUGACCCUCUAAUAACCGUUGACUCGAUCAUCCAACACAGCCAGUCUUAUGAUGGUGGUUUGUGUCUCAAUCUUAUCCAACCCUCUGGUGGUUAUUCUUGCUUUGAGCACACUGCUGAAACAAAGGAUGGAUUUUUGCUAGGUCUACAGCGUGUGUCAUUGGGCAUUGAUAAUCUGGGAGGACAAAGGGCAGCUCCCGUUUUGCUUCUACAUGGACUCUUUAUGGGUGGUGAUGCUUGGUUUAUGAACUCCCCAAGCCAAUCAUUGGGUUUUAUUCUUGCCGAUUGUGGUUUUGAUGUUUGGGUCGGAAAUGUGCGAGGAACAAAAUGGAGUCAUGGGCAUACAUCAUUGUCAGUUAGCGAAAAGGAGUUUUGGGAUUGGAGCUGGCAAGAAAUGGCUCUGUAUGAUCUCGAGGCAAUGCUCAGUUAUAUAUAUUCUACCACAAGCUCCAAAGUUUUUGUUGUUGGACAUUCACAGGGAACAAUAAUGUCCUUGGCUGCUUUCACUCAGCCAAAUAUUGUUAAUAUGGUUGAGGCUGCUGGUCUUCUUUCUCCUAUAUCAUACUUGGAUCACAUCACAUCUAAAUUUGUUCGUAAUCUUGUUAAUUUACAUCUUGAAGAGGUACUUUCGUUACUUGGAAUACAUCAACUAAACUUGAAGAGUGAUAUCCUCACCACCAUCUUAGAAAUGGCUUGUGAUGGGAACGUAGAUUGCAGCAAUUUGUUAGCAGCCAUCACAGGUGUAAAUUGCUGCUUUAACAGCACUCGUGUGGACUUCUAUCUUGAAUAUGAACCUCAUCCUUCGUCAUUAAAAAACUUGAAACAUCUUUUUCAAAUGAUACGCAAAGGUACUUUUGCAAGGUAUGACUAUGGGACUUUGAAGAAUAUUCUACAAUACGGCCAAUCAAAACCUCCUACGUUUGAUCUUGGCGACAUCCCUGAAUCAUUGCCUAUAUGGAUGGCUCAUGGAGGAAAUGAUGCUUUGGGAGAUGUGAUUGAUGUGCAUCACACCGUAAAGGAAUUAAAAUCAAAACCAAAUCUUUUGUUUCUUGAGGAUUAUGGUCAUGUAGAUUUCCUUUUGAGCACAAGAGCUAAUGUAGAUCUUUACGAUAAAAUGAUCAAGUUCUUUACGUCAUGUGGAACAUCCAGCAGCUCUUAAGAUACAAGCAUGCUACCAUGACAGUAGUCACUAGUGGAGUAGUGGACCGAGCAAAUUUGUUGUCAACAGUUACCUGAUAUUAAUAUGGACACUCGUGUUUCACAUGCUUGUACUAAACCGAGCUCAUGGAUCUUGUCAAAUUAUCAGCAAACUAGAGUUUGUAUACAUUUCCUUCUGUAUCAUAAUCUAUAUAUCGUAACGUGAUGUAAUUAAAGUUUUACACUUUUACA